GAACUGUGGUUGCUGCGGGGGCUCCAAGAAUCAGCACUUCGAGGGACUGGUCGCGCACCUGCCGAGCAUGGAGGGCAAGGUCGUAGCUGUGACUGGCUGCACUUCCGGCACGGGACGGAUCUUUGCGCGCGUCUGCGCCCGCAAGGGGGCGAAGGUGGUGAUGUUGAACCGCUCCUCGCAGCGCGCUGACGAAGCCUACACCUACCUUCAGCAGGUGGCGAAGAGUGCAGGAGCUCCUGAGCCUUUGAACGUGGACUGCGACCUCAUGAGCUUCAAGAGCGUCCGCGCGGCGGCCGAGAAGCUGAACUCGGAUCUGAGCAGCAGCGGCCUGGACGUCCUGUGCAACAACGCAGGGAUCAUGGGCUUUGGCGACAAGGCCACCCAGGAUGGGUGCGAUAUCCAGAUGCAGACAAACCACCUCUCCCACUUCCUGCUGACUUACCUGUGCAUGCCCCUGCUAGAGAAGGCUGCCGCCGCCCACGGAGAGGCAAGAAUCGUGAACCACACUAGCGCGGCGCGCGUCAUGGACGGCGCGGAGUUCGGCAACAAGCUGGAGGAGAAGUACUUCUUGAAGAAUGGCGGCAACCUAGGCGGAGACAGCAGCACCUUCUUCAAGGGUGCGAACUUUGUCCGAUACCAGCAGAGCAAGCUAGCGAAUGUGGUUUUCACGUACGCCCUGGACCAGCGACUCCGCAAAGCUGGCUCCAAGGUCAAGGUGCUGGUGGCACACCCUGGCGUGGCACAAACGCAGCUGGGGCAGGGCACCAUGAAUGCCGGAGGAGCAGCUGACAUGGAAAAGGUCCCAAAGUGGAUGCGCGAGAUGAUCAUGAGCAUGCUCUGCCAGUCAGAGGAGGAUGGCACUGUGGGAAUCCUGCGAAAUGCCUGCAGUCCCGAGGCCAACUCUGGUGAGUUCUAUGGCCCUCUCGGCCAAGGUGGCGCGACGGGCAAGCAUGACACGUCGGAGUACAAGGGCCCCGUCGGACUGCUGAAGAAGGAGCCCCUGGCCGAUGAAGCGGCGCAGUCCUUGCUAUGGACCGCUAGCGAGACUGUCACCGGCAUCAAGUUCAACGUGUAA